CUUUGAAUUAGUUUCUCUCUCCUCUCAUACAUAUAUAAGGGGCGUCUUCUUUUCCUAUUCUCAAACCAGCAACACACAUUAACUCUUCAAUUUUAUAGCUUCCAACCCUUUUACAUUCACUCUCAUAUAAACCAGUUUUAAUCAAAAGUUCAAUAAAAAGUCAACCAAAAAGUCAAACAAUGGAUCAUCAAGAAGAAAUCGAUGUGCCACCAUUUUUCUUGUGCCCAAUCUCCUUGGAGAUCAUGAAGGAUCCAGUAACAAUUUCUACUGGAAUAACUUAUGAUCGUGAAAACAUAGAAAAAUGGGUGUUUAUCAACAACAACACUACUUGUCCAACAACCAAACAAGCCCUCAAUGUUGACACCGUCGACAGUUUUCUCACACCUAACCACACGCUUAGACGACUAAUUCAAUCAUGGUGCACUCUCAACGCUUCCUACGGCAUUGAACGCUUCCCUACACCGAAACCGCCUGCGACGAAAGCACAGAUUUUAAAGCUCAUUGAUGAAGCCUCAAACACGUCCCCUCUUGGUCUUGUCAAGAACCUUAACAAGAUUAAGUCUAUGGCCGUAGAAAGCAGCGCUAACAAGCGUUGCUUAGAGACUACCCCCGGAGUUGCCGAGUUCUUGGCUCGUCUCGUAAUCUUAGGUGAAAAUGAAGAAGAAAGAUGUAGCAUGAGCUUGAUGGUAAGUACGGUUAGCGAUCAAGCAUUGAGCAUCCUCACUCAUCUUCAAAUAUCCGAUGAGAUGGUAUUGAAGAAGCUGCUGAAGGACAAUGAAGGAGCCUUGGUGGGUUCCUUGGUAAGGAUCAUGCAAAAGAGCAAUUAUGAGUCACGGGCGUAUGCUAUAGAGUUGAUGAAAAAAUUGGUACAAGUAGCCGAGCCAACACAAGCUGUUGCUCUUAAGCGCGAGCAUUUUGUGGAGGUGGUCCAGUUGAUUAAGGAUGAUGUCUCCCCUAAGGCUACUAGGGCCGCGCUUAAAGUGCUGGCUCUAGCGUGCCCUUGGGGGAGGAACAAGGUUAGGAUUGCUGAGGCUGGGGCGGUGCGAGUGAUGGUUGACCUCCUCCUUGAGUGUAACGAUAAGAGGACUAGUGAGAUGGUGCUUGCAGUGUUGGACCAACUUAGCGGUUGUGCUGAGGGGAGGGCGGAACUACUAGACCAUGCUGCGGGCUUGGCUGUAGUGUCGAAGAAGAUCCUAAGAGUGUCUCAUUUUGCUACAGAGAGGGGAGUAAGGAUCUUGUACGCGAUUUCAAGGUUUUCUGCAAACGCUAGUGUGAUACAGGAGAUGCUACAGCUUGGGGUGGUGAUUAAGUUGUGCUUGGUUUUGCAAGUGGAUUGUGAGGCUAAGACUAAGGAAAGGGCUAGAGAGAUUUUGAAGAUGCAUGCUAGGGCUUGGAGGAACUCUCCUUGUGCUCCUACUCAUGUCUUUGGUUCAUUUUAAUUAGAUCAUCAAAUAGUAUUGCAUUAGAUCAGUAGAAAAAUUAAGAUGGAAUAGCUUGGGUGUCUAUACCAUUAUUUGGGUGUAUAUACAAGAUUUAUUAUUCAUUGGAUAAAACAAUAAGAUUAGAUAUAAUUGGAGAAACCUUUUAAGGACCAAUUCUUUUUCUCA